AUGGGCCGUGGCGCUCUGGAGAACCUACCCAAGUUUUCGUCUCUGCCGACAUAUCUACCUGUAAGGUAUCAGAUCUCCAGCGCCGAGACUUCCUUUUUCCUCAAAGAAGCCAACCAGGAAUUCAUGAGGAACUCGAGUUUGCAGUCUCGGAUAGAGACCUUCUUUACCUACAAAGCCAGGAAGGCACCUAUCAUCAACGCUAGCUAUGGGCCCUUCUCGGUGGAACAAACUGUGCCCCAGGACCACCUCUUGACCUCAAACAUCUUUGGCCCGACCAGUAAGUUUACAUUCAACUGGAAGUUGAAAGCCUACAUCAUGAGUGAGAAAGUCUACUUGACACGACCCAAAGUCCAGGUCCUUUUUUACAUCGUGGGAAGAGAUUGGGAUGACUACAGCACAACGGAACAGUUGCCGUGCAUGAGGGUUUUUGCUUUUCGGGAAACGCGUGAGGUUCGGGGCAGCUGUAGACUGAAGGGCGAUCUUGGGUUGUGCGUGGCUGACUUGGACCUUCAACCGACCUGGUUCAACCCACCAUCCGUGGCCACCGGCCGUAAGAAAGCCGCCAAUCAAUCCGAAGGAAGUUCUGUAGAACUUUACUACACCAUCCAGGCUGGAGAUGAGAAAGGGGAGUGUAGCACUGAAGAUAUACGGAAGGGGAAUGCCAUUCGUCCUGGGAAAGAAGGGGCGGGGGAAACCAUUUCCCCCUUACAAAGGAUCGGUUCCAUUAGUCUCCACCGGACCCCAGAGACCUCUCAACUUACAGAGUUAUGGUUGGACAGCAACGUGGUCAUCUGGCUGCCGUCGAAGCCCGUCAAACAAGGAGACGUGGUGACCGCUUCAGUGACAGUCACUAACAACGUCACAGUGGAUCAGUUCAUCCUAAGAGCAAAAGUGAAGAAAGGGGUCAAUAUCCUCAGCGCAAAGGCGAGCAACCCAAGACAGUGGGACGUGACCCAAGAAAUCGGCAAUGGCGGGAAACAUUCAACGACCACUGUGAUGUGCCAGAGAAUAAGCCAGAGUCCAAGGAGCAGAAGUAAUAACAACAUGUUCAGUGAGGUGGUGAGGCUGAACUUUGAAAUUGCCAGCUUCAGCAGCCUUUCGGGGACACAGCCCAUCACGUGGCAGGUGGAGUAUCCCCGGAAAAGGACGACGGACACGGCCCUCUCUGAAAUCUUCAUCUGUCAGAAGGACCUGGUGGGCAUCGUUCCGUUGGCAAUGGACACCGAGAUUCUCAACACGGCGAUCCUAACGGGGAAGACCGUCGCCAUUCCCGUCAAGGUGGUGUCCAUCGAGGAGAACAGCGCCGUGACGGACAUCUCUGAGUCCGUGGAGUGCAAGUCUUCGGCUGAAGAUGUCGUCAAGGUUUCAGACAGGUGUGACUACGUUUUUGUCAAUGGCAAGGAAAUGAAAGGAAAAGUGAAUGCGCUAGUAAACUUCACCUAUCAGUAUCUGAGUGCACCUCUGCAGGUUACGGUGUGGGUGCCCCGGCUACCUCUUCAAAUCGAUGUUUCGGACACGGAGCUCAGCCAGAUAAAGGGCUGGCGAGUUCCCAUUGUUGGCAACAAGAGACCCACCCGGGACAGUGACGACGAGGAUGACGAGGAGCGGAAAGGAAGAGGUUGCACCCUCCAGUACCAACACGCCAUGGUGCGCGUUCUCACCCAGUUCGUGGCUGAGGAUGCCACCCCGUGGGGCCAGCUCACCUACCUGCUGGGCUCCGAGUGGCAGUUUGACAUCACAGACUUGGUGGCGGACUUUAUGAAGUUGGAGGAACCCCACGUGGCCCAGUUGCAGAGAGGCAAAAUUCUGGUUGGGCGAGAAGUUGGCAUGACCAUGAUCCAGGUCCUGUCUCCAUUGUCAGACUCCAUCCUGGCAGAGAAGACUGUGACGGUGUUGGACGACAAGGUGACCAUCACAGACAUGGGGGUGCAGCUGGUUGCGGGACUGUCGCUUUUUCUACAACCCAGUCCAGCGAGUCACCAAGCUGUUGUGGUUACCACCGUCGCCCAAGAGUUACUCCACACCCCCAAACAGGAAGCUGUGGUCAGCUCCUGGAUCCAGUUCAGUGAUGGCUCUGUGACACCACUGGACAUUUAUGAUGCUAAAGACUUUGCCCUCUCGGCUUCUUCUCUGGACGAGUCCAUCGUUUCGGUUCGCCAAAGCUCUGCUUUGAGAUGGCCUGUGGUUGCCGCGGAAGGUGAAGGUCAAGGGGCUUUGGUCAAGGUGGACAUGAUGAUCUCUGAAGCCUGCCAGAAAUCUAAGCGGAAGAGCAUCCUGGUGGUCGGCAACGGCAGCAUUAAGGUGAAAUUCGGCCAGAACGACGCCGACUCCCACGGCGCUGGGGACUACGAUGCGGACGAGAUCGAGAAUCACGCGAGUGACCGGAGGCAGAAGGCGCUGGACCAAGAACGGUACGGCCAAGAGGGACGGUAUUACGGGAGCUCUUCCGCAGAAAGAGAGGAAGGUGCCGGAAGGAAGGCGGGCACCACGGCCAAGUCGAUGAUCAAAAGCAAGGUCUUCAGAAGCAGCCUGGGUGGGGAAAAGCUCUCAGAUGAUGGCCAACUCCAAAACAUUCCGAUUGACUUCACGAACUUCCCAGCUCAAAUCGAUCUCCCCAAAAGCAACGGUGGUCUGGAGGAGAACGACCUCCUGCAGGCACCUAGGGGGCUCAGCGACUUAGAGAUUGGGAUGUACGCCCUGCUCGGGGUCUUUUGCCUGGCCAUUCUUGUCUUCCUGAUCAACUGUGCUACCUUCACCUUAAAAUACCGGCACAAACAAGUCCCGGCGGAAGGUCAGGCUUCCAUGAGCCACUCCCAUGACUGGGUGUGGCUCGGGAACGAAACAGAGCUCCUCGAAAACCACGCGGACCUCUCCCCGCAGCAGGAGGAGCGCACCACGAACGUGGAUCGUGGGGUCGGCACGGAGGAAAGCCACCAGCUUCUCAACGGCAGCGCCCUGAAAAGCAUCCAGAGCCAAAUCCACCGGUCGGCGGACUCGGGAAGCAAACCGGGGAAAGAGCCGAAGCCCGAGGCCCCGUCCCAUUCGCCCACUUCCAAGCGGAAGAGGGUGAAGUUUACGACGUUCACGACCAUUCCGCCCGAUGACGGUUGCCCCACCGUCAACUCGAUCCUCAACUGCCAGGAGGAUGACAUUAAGUGGGUUUGCCAAGAUAUGGACCUCGGGGAGUCCAAAGAGAUCAGAAACUACAUGGAGAAGCUGAAAGACAAAGCGUAGCUUGGGUUCUUGGUUUUACCACCGAGCAGCCACACCUUGAUGCCUUCAGUUGUGUUGGGACCUCCAAAAGGAAGUCGAUAUUUGUGUGUCAGGGAGGGACUGGAACAGAUUGACAAAGAAGGUGGGUUUUCUUUUUCUUUUUCUCCUCAGUAUGGAGGAGCCAUUUGUUCAAGCUGUCCAUGGGGUAGGUCAGUCUUCCUUCCUCACCCCCCCCUCCAUGCGAUGGUCCUACGUCUAAGUCAAAUGAACCAAAGGAAUGAAAGAGGCAACAGGAUAGACUGGGCAUAGUGAUGACAUUCAUGUUUUAGGGCGUCGAAGGCAAUUGAACACAAUGUACCAAAAGUAUUCUUUUCUUUA